UGACAAGAGUCGUUUUUCUUAGCAUUGUUUAAAAAAGAAGAAGUUGAAUUGAAAGAGCUCAACCAGAGUCUCUAUCGAUUGUGAAGAGGGAAAAAAGGCUGGGCAGCGAUCUAGUUCCGGCGCGCCGCCAGGACAAGGUACACGCGCGCGCGAGCGUAAGCGCGAGCGAAAGAUCAACGCCAGAUACGAGAGAAAACAGCAAGGACGCAUUGCGAAUUGUUCACGAUGUCAAUGCAGUUCUUGGAGCUUCCCCGCGAACUGCGGGACAUGAUCUACACGGAGAUGCUUAUGCCGACUGAGCCCCUCCCAAGUGGUCAAGACACACAAACAGCGGCUAAUUGGUACCUGGUACGGCAGGCACAUCAGCCCAGCGUGGACAGCAGUCGAUGUUUUGUGUCGUCGCGAGCGAUGCCGAGCACGUGUGCGAGUGUUUUGGCGAGCAAUCGCCAGAUUCAUCAAGAGAUGAUGCAGAUAGCCGGCAAGGCCUGGCAGGCGGGGCAGCUGGCCUCACGGCUGGAUUGUCUUGUGCUAAACAACGCGCAUUACUUUACUUGGCUUGCUGUGCCAUUUGUUAGGCCGGCGGACGGGAGCGCGCGGAGACUAGAUGAAGAGAGGGGGAAGAGCUGGACAAGCAAGAUUAUGGAGAGCUGGAAUUGGGUCGUCAACUUUUUCAAUGCGUGGAUGGAGAGUGAUGUCAAGGGGAGAAGCAGCAACAGCAGCAGCAGCACUAGACUCUUUUCUUAUACACGGUCCUACGCGAAUAUUGAACGGCUGUGGGUGGACAUUCGGCCGGUGGGAUCUAUGAUAUCGAAUGGGUCAGGGUCAGCAGCAACGCAUGGCGAAAUGACAAGUUGGGCUAUAUGUGCGGCUCUCAAGCACAUGUUUGACAACGGUCCAGAUAUGAUGCGCAGCAACCGGCGUAUAGACUGCGUAGACGAAGUCAUUCUGAACGUAGUUCCACGUGCACGCACGGCAUCGGGGAGUCCAUGGGGAGACGAAAGUGACGAAGAUACACUGGUGAUAACAGACUCUUCUUCCUCUGGCGAGGCCGAGACGGAGCGCCUGCGAAACGAACUGGUGGAUGUUUGGGACAAGAUCUGGGGUGCGACGGAUGGGGGGGAUAUGAGGGCAAGGUUGUACCGCACGCUGCUUGAGAGAAUCAAGCGCGUGCGGAUAUGCGUUGACGGAGUGACUUUUAGGACCAGAGGACUAGCGGUGGAGCUGGAGAGGGGGCGAGCAGAAAUGAGGAGGAUCCAGAUGCGAUAAUACAUAGUAGAUGGCAAAUGGGGCAGGACUCCAGGUUUAGAAUGGGCAUGUUCUUGGUCGUUCACGGGUCAUAGCUGGGUGUGGAGACG